AUGGAUCAAGAAGAUUUUCUGGACUGGAAUCCAGCUGUUGGCGAAAACUGCACGAGUAUAUAUUUCGGAUACUGGUACUGUGUCGGCAUCAAACCCCAAGUCUCAAACUAUGACAAUGGGACAACCGCAGCCUGGUACCCGACGUGGACAUACACUGUCCCUGUAGCAACAGAUACAGAUUUUCUCCCCAGCCCUACUCAAAGCGGCAUUGCCACUGGUUGCCAGGACUAUUAUAUCGCAGACGAGACCGAUACCUGCGCUGGUAUCGUUUCCUCUGAAGGCUUUUUGACCGAAGAUCAAUUCAUUGAGUGGAAUCCUGCCGUUGGCACGGACUGUUCCGGUAUUCAGUCGGGCUACUACUACUGUAUCUGGAACGGGACUUCCUUACCCAUGCCAUCAACAACCACCGUGCUGCCAUCACCCGUGCAAACGGGAAUCACCUCUAGCUGCACAGCGUGGUACCUGGCUAGCGAUGGUGAUGACUGUGAUCUGAUCCCAGAAGAGUUCGGUACUUUCUCCAAAUCUGAUUUCCUCAAUUGGAACCCGGCUGUCCAGUCUGAUUGCUCCGGUUUGGUUAUCGGCGAUUAUUAUUGCGUUGCUAUUCCAGACACGCCCACCACUCGAACGGCAUCCUUGACAGCCCUUCCAACUCCAACUACGCCAUCUGAUACAAUUUCAGAUUGCGCAGACUACUGGCUGGUCGGAACGAAUGAUAAUUGCACUGCAAUUGCCAGUACCAAUGGAAUCUCCGUGACUAAUCUUGAGGCCUGGAACCCUUCGCUUGGACCCGAUUGCAGUGGAUUGACCGCAGACACCUAUAUCUGUGUUGCCGCUCCCAGCAAUACCAGCACAUCGUCAACCUCGAGCUCAAUUUCUUCAGGGAGCACUAUUACGCCGCCAUCAUCCACACCCGCUCAGACUUCCGCGACCGCCACAUCUGCUGGGGCCAGCCCAUCUCCUGUCCAGACUGGAAUGGUCAGCGGCUGUAUUCGAUUCUACAAAGUCGAAGAUGGGAACGACUGUUAUGAUAUUGCGCAAGAGGCCGGCGUGGCACUUGCUGACUUAUACUCUUGGAAUCCUGCACUCAAUGGCGACUGCUCGGGUCUACAAUCGGGAGUAUUUGUUUGCAUUGGCGUGUCAGGAUACGCAACUACGAUCACUACUGGCACGCCUGUUCCCGUAACCCCAACCCCAACCCAAACCGGUAUGGUGUCUGGGUGUCUUCGAUUCUAUGACGUGCAGAGCGGAGAAGGUUGUGCGGAUAUAGCAUCUGAGGCAGGUGUUGCUCAAACUGACUUUUAUAAUUGGAACCCGGCCGUGAGCACCAACUGCGCCGGAUUACAAGCUUCUGUCUUUAUGUGCAUCGGAACUACCGGUCCAAUCACGACAAUCACUAGUGGAACCCCAGUACCAGUCACAUCCAAGAGCUAG